UUCAUCCUCGUCACUGGCGGCCUUGGCUUCAUCGGAUCACACACCACUCUCGAGCUGCUCAAGGUCGGAUACAAUGUGAUCAUUGUCGACGACCUCAGCAACAGCUACCAUGGUGUCUUUAGCCGCAUCAGAAUUCUGGCAGAGAAGUACUGCGAAGAGCAAGGCCGCAAGAUGCCUGCUCUACACUUCCACAAGCUCGACUACCGCAGCAAGGCGAUGCAGUUUCUCCUAGAAUCAUACUCAACACUCGUCCCAGUCUCAGACGACACAACUGGGGAGAGCAUCAGGAGAGAAUCUAGAGUUGCAGGCGUCAUCCACUUUGCCGCCUUCAAGUCUGUCAGCGAGUCAAUCGAGAGGCCCUUCCAGUACUACCGCAACAAUGUCUGUGGACUGGUCGACUUUGUUGAGCUUCUUGGAAAACACAACAUCCGCAAGUUUGUCUUUUCGUCCUCAGCAACCGUCUACGGCACCAAGGCCGAAGAGGGACGUCCUCUGCAGGAAGAGGACCUUGUCCACCACAGCACAACAUACCAGGACGAGAUGGGCAACCAGAGGGUGGCAGAACCAGUGGUGUCGGGGCUGCAGAGCCCGUACGCGCGUUCCAAGUAUUUCUGCGAGGCCAUCCUUGCCGAUAUUGCGCACGCAGAUCCUUCUUGGCGAAUCGUUGCUCUCCGGUACUUUAACCCCAUUGGGUGUCACCCAUCCGGCCUGCUCGGGGAGGACCCCAAGGGAAUCCCGACCAAUCUCUUCCCGGUAAUCACACAGGUGCUUACUGGGGAGAGGGCCCAACUCGACAUUUUUGGCACUGACUGGGAGACUCGAGACGGAACCGCCAUCAGGGACUUUAUCCACGUGGCUGACCUGGCCCGAGGACACGCUGCAGCCCUCGGAGCCGAGAUCAGUGCGCCGUUCCGCACAUUCAACCUGGGCACAGGCACCGGCACAACAGUGGCCGAGGCACUGCAGAGCCUCGAGGCUGCAUCGUCUCGGCGGAUCCCCGUCAAGCUGGCGCCUCGCAGGGGAGGCGAUGUGGGCUUUUGCGUGGCGGCCAACGACCGAGCGGCCAGUGAGCUAAACUGGACGGCGCAGGAGUCGAUCCAGCAGUGCGCAAGCGACCUGUGGAACUUUGUGACGCGGUCA